AUGAAAUUGCUAAUGGACGGGUACGAGUGUUAUUCAUAUCUGGCCACCCUUAAGAUCUUUAACUUCAUACACAAUCCUUCAGGAACACACAACGAAGAAUUUUACAACGAAUUAACAAGUUCCGGAGCAAUACUUGGUGAACUUUGUGCUGACUGCAUCAGCAGCGCACCACAGACAUUCAGAAUACCAUUAGCCGUGCUCUAUUCAGAAAAUAUUUUCGACGUAGACGCCGUCCAAUACGGUCUGGCUAGGAAACGUCGUAAAAGAGAUGCUGGAGGCAGUACAGAAAUCAUUCAAGCUCAGGGUAGUUUGAAGAUUAUCCACGGUUUAGACUGGCAGACAGAGUAUAAUUAUACUAAUACCACAGCGUAUCGAAAUCUUGAAAAUCAGAUGAUGAAUUUGUUGGAUUAUAUUUUUGAUUCGAGUGAGAUCAGUCAUCUUUAUCAGGAUGUCUCUAUCCAAUCUGUCAGACAGGGGAGUAUCAUCGUUGACUUCACAAUCAAAGUUAAAGACACACCAUCGUCUAACACCACCAGCAAUGAAACCAGUCCACAGAUUCAAGACACGGAGCUUAUUAAUGAAGCUUUCUUGGCAGCUCUUCAAAAUGUCUCGUCCAACUUCACCAUUGAUAUGAAUGGAACUAAUUUCAUAGAAGUGGUAAUGAACGAGGAAGUGACAACAACCGUUGAUUAUUCUACAACCACCCAAACCUGGCAGUCUUUGCUUUCUACUCUUCUACAGCCAACAGCGUCAACUCCCUAUGUUACUGAUGAAGUCACUUCGUCUAAAACGUCUGACAAACAACUUUCGAGUGCAGUUAUAGACCUAACAUCGGUUCAGACUGAUUCCACAACUACGUAUAUCACUGAUACAUCACCAUCUACAACACCAACUACCCUGGCUCCUUCAACUACGGUCAAACCAAGUGGAGCUUAUAGCGGAACAGUCAAAGUACAGGCUGAAUGGGAUCCCGAUUUAGAGGAUAAAACAAGUCCAAAAUUUAAGCAGAUGGAAGAGGAAUUUCAGAGCUUUUUAUCUGCUGUUUUGGCGCAGACUGGUUUAACAAUUGAAGACAUUGAAAUUACAGGGUUCAGACAAGGCAGUAUUAUUGUUGAUUUCAAUGUAGUAAUUGCUGAUAAUAAUGAACCUAUUGAGAAUCUAGCUACUCAGUUUAAUGCUGGUUAUGACGACCUCGCAUCACCCGAAUUUCUUCUUGAGGAAUCAUAUACAGAAGAUGUUCUGCUAGAAUCGUCCCAAUAUCCGGAAGCGACAUCAGUAGUUCCCAGUGUUACAACCUCAUCAUACACGAGUAGUUUGGUCGCAUCCACAUCAAUGCCAGAGAUGCAGUUAUCAUCUGCUGUGAUUCAAUUGACGUCAAUAGUAACAUCUUCUUCCUCGACACCAUCAACUCUACCACCCACUACAACCACCACCACCACUGAGGCAACCACGUUGGAGCAAGUAUCGCCAACAACAGUGAGACCAGCCGGGACGUAUUCUGGUACUGUGAAGGUUCAGUCAGAUUGGGAUCCUAGUCUAUCGAAUCCCGCUUCUCAAGAAUAUAAAGACAUGGAAGAACAGUUUUUGACAUUCUUAAUGAAAGUACUUGCUAAUACUGGAUUGACAAUAGAUGAUAUUGAAAUAACAGGUUUCAGGCAGGGUAGUAUAAUUGUUGAGUUUAAUGUGAAUUUUGUGGACCUACAAAUACCAAUAGAACACGUGGCAGAUGAGUUUAAUAAUGGAUAUUCAGAACUGUCUGCGCCAGAGUUUGUGAUCAUUGAAACUUACACUGAAUUUGGUCAACCAUAUAAUGAAACUUCAACAGUAUUACUAGCACAACAAACAUCUCAUCAGGUUCCACCACCACAGUCAGCAGCAGCAGCAGCAGCAGCUACAGCAGCAGCAGCAGCAGCAGUAACAGUAGCAGCAGCAGCAGCAGCAGCAGCAGCGGCAGUAGCAGCAGCAGCAGCAGCAGUAACAGUAGCAGCAGCAGCAGCAGCAGUAACAGCAGCAGCAGCAGCAGCAGUAGCAGCAGCAGCAGUAGCAGCAGCAGCAGCAGUAGCAGAAGAAAUAACAGCAAAAGGAACAGUUAUCAUCUUUAUGAUCAUAACGAUUAUUAUCAUUAACUUUCAGAAGAGCCAGCAGAGAAUCAAAUUGGAGUAUCAACUAGUGUACAUAUGA